CCUUCUCCUGAGUGCUCCUCACCUCCUCCUCAGUGCUCCUCACCUUCUCUAGCUUGCUCCUCACCUUCUCCUGAGUGCUCCUCACCUCCUCAGUGCUCCUCACCUUCUCCUGAGUGCUCCUCACCUCAGUGCUCCUCGCCUUCUCCUGAGUGCUCCUCACUUCCUCAGUGCUCCUCGUCAUCUCCUAAGUGCUCCUCAGCUUCUCCAGAGUGCGCCUCACCUCCUUAGUGCUCCCGCCUUCUCCUCAGUGCUCCUCACCUUCUCCUUCCUUCUUGGAUAUGUGGAACAUGAGGUUCCUCUAACCAUGAUGGAAGUUUGGAUGCUGGCGUUGCUGUUGGUUUGGUGUGUCGGUCGCAGUUCUCAGACAGACGGAAAAGUUCAGAAUUUGACGUUGGCCGUGGUACUUCCCGAGACAAAUACCCAGUAUCCGUGGGCUCUGCCCAGAGUUGGACCGGCCAUUAAACUGGCCAUCGAACGGAUUAACAAUGACUCCAACCUUCUUCCCGACCUCAAUGUCUGGCCCGUGUUCGGGAACAGCGAGAACAAACAUGGCAGGUGUUCGGACAUGUCCGCUCCGUUGGUGGCCGUAGACUUUCAGUUCACCUACAAACCUGCUGCAUUCCUCGGUCCCGGAUGUAUGUAUUCGGCCGCCCCGGUAAGUCGGUUCACGGGGCAUUGGAAGGUCCCACUUAUCACGGCUGGGGCCAGUGCCUUCGCAUUUGGUGAUAAAGUGGAGGAGUACAAGUUCACCACCAGGACGGGACCAAUUUAUUUGAAGUUAGGACAGUUCGUUGUCCAGCUCCACCAGCAAUACAACUGGAACAGGCGAGUGAUGCUCCUCUACAGCAUGGACAAGAAGGAUGACCGGCCAUGUUACUUCACCAUCGAAGGUCCAUACGUGGAGCUGGGAAAACUCAAGAACAUGACCAUCGUGGACAUGAACAUCAACGAGACAGAACCGGUCAACUUCACACCCAUCAUCCAGGACAUCAUACAGAAAAGCCGCAUCGUGUACAUAUGUUGCGCUCCGGACACGUUCCGUCAGUUCAUGCUCCAGGCGUAUCAGCAGGGUUUGUGCUCAGGUGACUACGCAUUUUUCUAUGUGGAUAUCUUCGCUGCCAGCUUCACCGGCUCCAGAUACCCCGACUACAGGCGGCCAUGGUACAGGAACGAUACGCAGGACACCAAGGCGCAGAAGGCCUUCGAGGCAGUGAUGAUAAUCACCAUCAAAGAACCCGACAACCCCGAGUACCAGGACUUCCUGCACGACCUGAAGAACUACGACCACAAAUUCAACUACACUAUGGAGGGCACUCUGAUGGACACGGUGGCGGCUGCGUUCUACGAUUCGGUCAUGCUCUAUGCUCAGGCGGUAAAUGACACCAGGGCGAAGGGUUACAGUAUGAAGAACGCCUCCGCUAUCACCGAUCAUAUGUGGAACCGGACUUACUAUGGGGUAUCCGGCUUCAUGAAGAUAGAUGACAAUGGUGACCGGGAAACAGACUUCUCCCUGUGGGACCUGUCCCCAAAAUCCAAAGAGUUCCAGAUUGUGGCCACUUAUAACGGGACCUUGAGGAGCGUCAUCAAGACGCCAGGACAGGAGAUCCACUGGCCAGGAAAUGGCGUCCCACCGCUCGACUUCCCUCCAUGUGGAUUCGAUAACAACAAUCCAGCCUGCAAGACCAGUUUCUCCAUCCUGGAGGUGACGUCCAUAGUGAUCUGCUUCAUCCUCCUGGCCAUCGCAGUCUCCGCCAUCUUCAUAUACAGGAAGCUGCGUUUGGAGAAGGAGUUGGCUGCGGAGCUGUGGAAAGUUCGAUGGGAGGAUAUCCAGACGAGCAACAUGGAGAAAAACCUCCGCAGGGCAGGCAGCAAGCUGACACUAUCACUGAGAGGCUCCAAUUACGGCUCCCUGCUCACAACUGAAGGCCAAUUCCAGAUCUUUGCCAAGACGGCAUAUUUCAAGGGAAAUAUUGUAGCUGUUAAGUACAUCAACCGGAAACGCAUAGAACUGACUCGCAAAGUCCUGUUUGAACUGAAGCAUAUGAGGGAUGUGCAGAAUGAACACCUCACCCGCUUUGUGGGUGCCUGUAUUGACCCUCCAAACGUUUGCAUCCUGACAGAGUACUGUCCUCGGGGCAGCCUGCAGGAUAUUCUGGAGAACGAGAGCAUCACCCUGGACUGGAUGUUUAGAUAUUCACUUAUCAAUGAUAUUGUGAAGGGAAUGCUCUUCCUGCACAACAGCGUCAUUAUGUCCCAUGGGAACCUGAAGUCGUCCAACUGCGUGGUGGAUAGCCGCUUCGUGCUGAAGAUCACCGACUAUGGACUGGCCAGUUUCCGGAUGGCUGUAGACUCCGAGGAUUCUCACGCUUAUUUUGCCAAGAAACUAUGGACGGCCCCGGAGUUUCUGCGCAUGGAGUCUCCCAAUCCACAGGGCAGUCAGAAGGGAGACGUGUACAGCUUCGGGAUCAUACUGCAAGAGAUUGCGCUGAGGAACGGGGUCUUCUACAUGGACAGCGGGGACUACAGUCCUAAAGAAAUCAUAGAAAGAGUAAGAAGCCGAGAGAAGCCAUACUUCAGACCGUCUACCAACCUUUACUGCCAUAUCCAGGAGCUGGGCAUCCUCAUGCAACGAUGCUGGGCAGAGGACCCACUGGACAGACCAGACUUCAACCAGAUCAAAGUCUUACUCCGCAAGUUCAACAGAGAAAACAGCAGUAACAUCUUAGACAACCUGCUCUCUCGUAUGGAACAGUACGCCAAUAACCUGGAAGAGCUCGUAGAAGACAGAACACAGGCCUAUCUGGAGGAGAAACGGAAGGCGGAGGCCCUUCUCUACCAGAUCCUGCCUCACUCCGUUGCCGAACAGCUCAAAAGAGGAGAAACGGUUCAGGCCGAAGCCUUUGACAGCGUCACCAUUUACUUCAGUGACAUCGUUGGGUUCACAGCUCUGUCGGCCGAGAGCACGCCAAUGCAGGUUGUCACUCUACUGAACGAUCUAUAUACCUGUUUCGAUGCCAUAAUAGACAACUUUGACGUCUACAAGGUGGAGACAAUAGGAGAUGCCUACAUGGUGGUAUCCGGGCUGCCGGUUCGUAACGGGAAACUCCAUGCCCGUGAGAUUGCCCGAAUGUCCCUCGCUUUACUGGACGCCGUCACGACUUUUAAAAUUCGCCAUCGCCCAGACCAACAACUGAAGCUUCGUAUUGGGAUUCAUACAGGUCCUGUCUGCGCCGGGGUCGUGGGCCUGAAGAUGCCGCGCUAUUGUCUAUUUGGGGACACCGUGAACACGGCUUCGAGAAUGGAGUCAAAUGGGGAAGCCCUGAAGAUUCACGUCUCCACAGCUACACGGAAUGUUCUAGAGGAAUUUAACUGCUUCCAGCUGGGCUUGCGAGGAGACAUAGAGAUGAAGGGCAAAGGGAAAGUGCGGACGUACUGGCUAUUAGGAGAAAGAAGCAGCAGUACCCAUGGAUGACUGACGGUGAAUGGUCACUGCUGGAUAAGACCCGGGGGACCCUCGACCUUCAGAAUGUAUUUAUUCCUCUUGGAUACAGCGAAUGGAUGUUUCCACCUCCCAGUCAGGACGCUAAUAUGGUGGUUGGAGUAACUUCCACAAUGUGGACCAAAUGGAAUGUACUGUAAUGUUUAAUGAAACCAUCCACUCAAUGUAGUCAUGUGACUACACAGUGCUCAGCACUGGCCCGACAUGUUUCCCAGAUACAGCACAAUGCAGCAGGGGAUAGAUAACCAACGCCAGCAAAAACAUCGGAUCACCCUGGCUGACAAGCCAAGGGAGAGAGUGCAGGUGCAGGGGCAACGUAGGUAACGUUCGUUUCUCCGAAACGGAUGUUGCCUACCUUGCCCAUGCACUCUCUCCCUCGGCAUGUCAGCCAGGGCUAUUGUAUUUUACAGCACAGGGACCGCAGAGUUUGUGGAGAACGCCAUCUUUUCCGUUUAUCAAUUAUAGAUAAUACACUUUCUCAGUUUGUACCUCCAGCUGGGCUUAGACAUUAAACUAGAGCGGGCUGCCCAAUGGGUGACCGCAAGUUUUUCAGACAAACUCAUAUACACACGACUCCAUCACCCCUUGUCGUAGUCCGCAGAUCUGGGCCGGAACAGAUACCAUGCGUUUCACGUCAUGCUGCUAAGAUUCCCCUUCCUCCUAGUAUCUAAGCUCAUUUUCACAACCUGACGAAAGACCAAAAACAAUCAAAACGGGCACGAGGCUGAGACUCAACGAAACCAUUCUGGUGUCUGAUGUCUACGGGCAGCUGUACAAAGUCAUGUCGGCACAAUGACCUAGAAAACAUACGUAGCAUCUUCUGUCCAUAUCUUUCCGGUCAGACCAUGCCCAUCCAGGCACAUGCCAAAGUCUACUGUAACUCUCUGUAGCGGACUUCUCAUCGACAAGUAACGAGUCUCCUAUUGUGGUGCUGCUUUGUCUUAGCACUUGAAGGGUGUAAAUAGCUUUAAUAUAGAGAAACCUCAACAAAGACGCCCCCUACCAUUUACUCCGAGCUUUAUAAAAAGGACUGAAAUGACGAUACAAGGACACUCCAGAAGCCUUUUUCCCUGCUGGUGCUUCAUGACAGACGGUCACUGGACUGGAAGGAACAUGUGACCUGCCGCUUCCGACGCCCCGAGAGGGAAUUCCUGCUAACAGGCUACAAAAUGUGAAAUGGACCUUCUCAUUUUACUGCUAUAAAUAUUUCUAAAGUCUCAUUUUUUGUGCACAGAAUGAAAACAAAUGUUCCGAG